AUGAAAGGCAAAGGGAAAGAGAUAUUUGGAGACUCACCGAUUGAAGAAAUGUCGUUCAGCUACUCCGUAGUCUUCCUAGCCCUUGAAGUCGAUAUCUGGUACAGGAGCUUUCUUCGUACAGGACCGUUUCUGGCAACUCGUUGUCUAAAACAAUUGGCGGAGGAUGAAGGAUCGGCUUUAUCUAAGGAUGCAAGAGUCUUGAAAAACGAUUUCUACGUAGAUGAUCUGUUUACAGGAGCUGAUACGGUAGAGAAGGCUAAGCAUCUAAGGGACGAGCUUAUUCAACUCACUAACAAAAGAAAACUACGAACGCGUAAGUGGGUUUCGAAUAGUUCAUACUUGACAGAGGAUCUUCCUGAUGACUCCAAUAAUAUUCGGCUCAAAAUAGAUCCAGAUAAAUGCGCGAAAGCAUUAGGUGUCUUUUGGAACUCUGCUGAAGAUACCUUUACUUUUGACGUUCACGUUAAACCGGAUGAGAGUAUCAUUACUAAACGAGUAAUUCUGUCAGAAAUCGCUCAAUUGUACGAUCCAUUGCGACUGGUUGCACCGGUCAUCGUGUAUGCAAAAAUUCAAAUGCAAGAGUUAUGGAAGCUAAAACUUGGAUGGGACGACCCUGUGCCAAUUAACAUAAUCACUUUGUGGGAAUAA